AUGGCAACCGCUUUCAAUUUACAGGCAUUCGUGCUUCAUCCCUCGGCCGAAGCACUUGAGCUCUGUAAAAAGAAGGAUCUAUUUGAGGUUGCCGAUCAUUUUGAGAUUUUGUAUUCCCGUCAGAGCAGCAAGGCCGAACUCAAGGUGCUGCUCCUGGAUGGUUUGGUGGAGAGGGGCUUGCGUUUGAUCCCAGAGGCUGAGAGGUCUGAUGAGAGCAUCGUGCAUGCGACUACCCCGAGACGUACGGAGACGCCUGCGGAUGGCCCUCCCGGAGCGGAGCGUGAGUUUGUAGAGGGCGAUGCGCGGCCUGAACCACCGCGCACUCCUCCUCGCUACGGGCCGCCCUCCCCAGCUCCUUCCUCUCGCGGCUCAGUUGGUGGUGCUCGGCGCGCUUUGCGGCUGGCACGCAUCAAGAUGGAGGCCGAGCAGAAGGAUCGGGACCGCAGUGCCGAGCUCGAACUGCAUAUACGGAGGCUUGAGAUCGAGGCUGACAAAGCUGUGCGACUCAGACGCCUUGAGCUGGAGGCCGAAGGCCGCCUCCCCAGUCCUACUCAACGCCCGGGCUUCGCUGCACCUGCCACAGCCCUCUCCCCAGCUGUUCAUGACUCUCUUGACCCUGAUCGUCCACGCUCUCCUGGAACCUCCACAAGGGACAGUCGGCUUCUACUGCCGCGAGCCCGGACACGUAAUCGCAGACUGCCCUACUCUCAGACAAAAGGAAGAGUGUUCAGCUCCAAACGUUCAGAGCAUUGGGUUAAUUCAAUCUGGGGCAUGGUGUUUCCUCCCCUGUUGGAUGCGGUUCUGUCCCCGCUUGUGUGUGCCUCUGAUCGUCAGAUGCCCACGGGUUGUGCUGUGGCGCACACCCGUCCUCCAGAACAGUGCGGUUGUAGUCUGCCCGCCAGUCAAGUGAAACCACGACAUGACCAUGUUUUUGCAGUGAAGAUGGACUGGAGUGGAACUGGCUCUUUUCUGCUGUUUUUUCUCCUGAUGCUCAAUGGUCAAGUUGGGCGUUUGGCUGGUGUUGCCGUGACGAUCCCCUGGCACCAUGAGCUGUGCUGUGCCCCCCUUGCACAGGAGACCCCCCCACACUAUGACUCAGGGCUGCUCCCUGAGUCACUCCCCCCUCGCUUCUCCCACUGUGACUUCAGCAGCAAACAUCACAACUUCGACGACGAUAACCACUUCAACUUUACCAUGUCCUUCGCUACAGGCCUCUGUGUGGAUGUAAUCUGUGAGAUGAGAGAAAACCGGAGCGUCUUAACCUGUCGGAUGGAGACGGACGAUUCGACAUUCAAGGCCAUACCCACUGCCAUCGUCUUGCAGACCCUUUCAUCCGGAUCAGAGAGGAUAAACACGUCUGAAGAUCCUGUCAUCUGUGAAGGGAACAAUUCUCUUCAAUGUUCUCUGCUUCUUGGUGCCAACCGUUCUGAUAUCAUGCUGCGCGUCAUCAUCGCUAACGUAACCUCCUCACCGCUUCACCUCGAAGUUCCUACCACACCUGUAAAACUACCAGCUCCAAUAAACGUAUUCCAUGAGCAGACCAUUGAAGCAGCGCUGGAGUUGCACUGGGAGCCUCCACCGGGAGAGUGGGGCAAGCUGAGGUAUGAGGUCCGAUAUGCCCCCAGCAAUGCACCGGCAGAGUGGCCAGAGUGGAAGGUUUUUCAGGUGUUUGGAAAGACCAGCCUGCGCUUGGACCUGGACGUCAACAUCAACUUCAGCAUUCAGAUCCGCUGCUCAAACCUGGAGGAGGCCGCCGUGUGGAGCGACUGGACCAAGCCUCACCACAUCCACCUGGACUAUCUGAGCUAUAUUCCAGAAGUUGUGAAGGCGCGUCCUGGUGAAGCCGUAACCAUCUACUGCGUGUUUAAUAAUCGCACGUCUGAAGCAAGUUCAGCUCAUUGGAACCUGAACUUACAUGAGCCACUUCCAAGCAACCAGUACCACCCAGUCAACCAGUGGGUGAGCCAGGUAACAGUGCGGCCGUCAGGAAGGCGCUUGGAGGAACUUCUGCAGUGCUCUCUAGACGACAAAUUCUCCUACAGCCAAAUCUAUGUGGAAGGCGCAAACGUCGACAUAAGCUGCACAACAAAUGGAGACAUAAAUGAAAUGGAGUGUAGCUUAAAGGAAGACAACCACAUGAUGAAUCCCAUUUUCAAGUCUAGGUGGGCCAAUGUGCUGUGUGAAGAGAUGGAGCGAAGGGAGAGGGCGGGGGAAGAGCAGGGAUCACAGGGUCCAGUGUGCCACAAUCAGAUGUCCUGCAAAAUCCAUCCCCUCCGGAUGAAUUGCUACAAACUAUGGCUCGAAAUUGAUUCUCAACUGGGCCCCAUCGCCUCCAGACCGAUCUACCUGUCUCCACUUGACCAUGUAAAACCACACACACCCUCUAACGUUACGGCUGUGACUGGGAGGUCUGGGAUCCUGACCGGGAGGCCCGGGAUCUUGUCAGUCACAUGGGUUCCUCCCCCUCUGCCCGUGGGUGGGGUGCAGUGCGAGUUUCGCUUCCAUGCCCCUACAACCAAGGGGCCGCCGGUGUGGAGGGUCCAGCCUCCGGUGCUGGAACACAGCAGCGGCGUGUCCGUCUCCAGCGUGUGUGAGUCAUAUGCAGUUCAGGUGCGCUGUCGACCCAAACACAGCGGCUACUGGAGCGAAUGGAGCCCAACCGUGUACUCUGUCCCACAAAACAGUCAAGCCCCUGAGCGCGGCCCUGAUUUCUGGAGAGUAGUUUCUGAUGAUCCGACUGGAAACCGAUCUACAGUAACUUUGCUGUUUGAGGGUCUGCAGACAUCGGGCCUGACUUAUUGCGUGGAUGGAUUGAAAAUCAGGCGCCAUCCUCUGGACGGGUUGGCCAUCGAGGAAAAGACCGGCCUCAAAUCCUCCUACAGCUUUCCAUGGAGCCACGAAGUCCAAACCGUCAGCGUGGAGAGCUACAACAGCCUCGGACAAUCUGCGAACAACUUUAAUAUCACUCUGAGCCGAGUCAAGCGCGUAGCAGUGCACUCCUUCCAUGUCCUGGUGGUGAACAGCUCGUGGGUGUCCGUGUCCUGGUCCGUAGUGAACCAGAGCUCUCCGCCGCUGUCUCUGGUGCUGCAGUGGACUCACCCAGACAAACACACAAACCCACUCGGCUGGAAGAGACUGCGCCCCUCCGACCGCCCUGUCCUUUUGCGAGGAGACUUCUUGGGUUCUGAGGAGUAUGAUUUCUACCUGCACCCUGUGUUUGCGGAUGGCGAAGGACAAGCUGUUCAUACGAAAGCAGUGAGACGAGAUGCCGGGGACUUCAUGCUGCUGAUGAUCAUCUCCUUUCUGUCCAUUGUGCUGUUGGUCACUCUGGUCCUCUCACAAAACCAGAUGAAGAAAAUAGUGUGGAGGGAUGUGCCCAACCCAAACAAGUGCUCCUGGGCCAACGGAGUGGACUUCAGAAAGAUGGACCCUUUGGAGCACUUUCUCAAAUCUCCGGAGACCCUCCCAGCCUGGCCCCUGCUGCUGCCCAUGGAAACCAUCUCCACUGUGGUCAUCAUGGACAAGAUUACGCUAGUUCCAACUCGUUUUGAUCCCAGUAACUCUACAAGUUUAGAUCCCCCGGAUAGCCCAUCAGAGCCCUCUAUGGAUAAUACAGACAUUUUAAAUCCAGAAUUCAGCGCUAGUCCCCUCGUGUCGGAAACAUCGGACGUCAUUCAAGACAGUUCCGGGCAGUUGUCUGUAAACUACGCCACCGUGCUUCUCUCCGACCCGCAGAUAAAAAAACAUUUUCGAGACGGAAGCGGCUGCAGCUCUUGCGACGAGGGAAAUUUCUCCGCUAACAAUUCGGAUAUUUCAGACUCGGACAUUGACAAACGCCGUUCGGGUUCCUACAACUCGGAGGAAUUUUCCGACUCAUCAGACCAUGACGACGACAACAAGCAAGAACAAGACUUGUAUUAUUUAACAUUAAACAGCGAGGACAGCGAGGGAGAGGAAAAUGAAAGUAUACUCGUGAAAAGCAUUGUUUUAGGCAAAGAAAACGGCUCAUGUCCUUUGAUGGACGCCGAGGCAGACUCUAAUGAGGAAACUCUGCUCUACUUGCCACAAUUCAGGACUGGUCCCGUCACAAACGAGUCUCAACUGUGA